AUAAAGAUGAAAAGCUAGGACAACAGAAGUAGGUGCCGAAAGAACAGGGCAGCUUUUAUGGAGCACUGGGCGUAUUCUGUCUUGUCUGGACCAGGUAAUCUAUGUUUCUUCUCGAGCAAUCGCACACCACAGUGUGUUACUAUUGGCGUCUUGGGUCGGAAGACAAUAGACUGGGCUCAACUUUUUUGUACGCUAUGAAUGAGUUACGGAUAAGACUUAGGGUUUUUUAUCUUAUUUUAAUUGUUUCUUCUGACAAAGAAUGAUCGAUUCGAUUUCUAGCUGUUAGCACUCGAUAGACAAUCACCGUACAUUCGACUGUCAACUUGGUAAGGCGUUGGAGAUUGAAAGCUGUUUCUACCAUCGAGAUUGCGGUUAUAUUCUUUCUUUAUGGUCUCAUACUGACAAUGUGCCGCAGUAUUUUUGUAAUCAUAGAUUGAUACGGAAUGUACUUCGACGCUAUUUAGGAGAACGUCUCCUGACAUUACCGGUACUAUAGUUUAAUGGAAGAAUAUUUAGGCGGUACGUUUAAUAUGGAUUACUCCAGCGACUGUAACUCUUCAACACCAUCGGGUCCCACUGAAAUGGUAAUAUACAAUUCCACAUUUAAUGCUGUGGUGAUUAUUAUGACGUUAACUUUAUUGAUAGUGUGCACUAUAGUUGGAAACUGUUUAGUGAUAUUAUCUGUCUUUCUGGAGCGUAAACUACGAUCGCCGUCGAACUACCUAUACGUCAACUUAGCGGUGUCGGACAUGGCGGUUGCAAUUCUGGUGAUGCCAAUGGCUCUGGUUACUGAGGUGACCGGUGAAUGGCUUCUAGGCGAUACAAUUUGUGAUUUGUGGAUUUUCUUGGACAUACUUUGUUGUACAGCUUCCAUCGUGAAUUUGUGUAUGAUAAGUGUUGACAGAUACCUUGUCAUAACAAGACCACUGCAAUAUUUUAAGCGAAGGACUUCAAAAUUCAUGGCUGUAGUUGUGGCUUGUGUUUGGGCACUGGCUACAGUCAUAACCCUACCACCCCUUUUUGGAUGGGGACGAAAUGUCCACGAAGAUAACAACUGUCUUGUAAGUCAGGAUUUAGGGUACACGAUUUAUUCUACCCUCGGUGCGUUUUAUGGCCCGCUAGCGAUUAUGUUGGUUGUGUAUUUUAAGAUUCAUAAAGCGGCAACGGCAGCGGCUACCGUCCAGAAACGAAGAUUGACUUCAGUGAACCAAAAUUCUCAGGAUGAGAAAACGAUCAGAGCGCAUCUAGAGGUGCCAAAUGUAAACGAAAAUAACUUGCUGAGAAAAAAUUCUGGCGGGCUCGACCAAAUAAAACGACGCCGGAGUAGCCUCUCUGCACAUUACUUUUGGCGCAGAAAUUCUAUGCUACUAAGAGCGUCAAGCAGGCGGGAACGAAAAGCUACUCAAACUUUAGGAAUAAUCAUGGGUGCUUUUAUUCUCUGUUGGCUGCCAUUUUUUAUUGUGACAUUAGUCAGACCCUAUUGCGGUUGUAUAAUUCCCCGAUCGAUUGAAAGUAUAUUUUUGUGGUUUGGUUACGUGAACUCUUGUCUUAAUCCCAUUAUUUAUCCCAUGUUUAAUAGGGAUUAUAGGAAACCGUACAAAAGGAUUUUAAGCUGCCGAUGCAGCGAGAUGUCGUAUUAUAAGUAUAUGUGUGACCGUCGUUCCAGCCAGGCGACGGUAAAGUUAUCAAGCAAUGGUUCGAAACAGUAUUUAGAUAGAAAGGGGAGUGACAUUUCAGUAUGAACGUCAACAAAACAAAAUGUGUACAGAUAUAUAUAUAUAUAUAUAAAAACAAUUAGCAAAUUAUGGAAACAGUGCUCAAAUUAGGAACAAAUUAUGUUAUAGAUGAAUCAUCAGGCAUAGCCCUUCAACGAAAAAGUUCCUUAACAGUUGUGUUAAUGAUGUCUCAGUCGGGACUCAAACCUACGACCUCUCACUUACAAGGAGAACGUCAUACUUCUAGACCUCGAAGAUCUAUCGGCCAGCCAGAUACACUUCAACGCACAACUGAUAUACGUCCUCACAAUGUGGGGUACUGUAUGGUAAUGCGAGAGAAAACUGGGGUCACAAUCUGCGAAUGUGAAAAAGGCUGCUCGACCCAGAUUUGACACUUUAUUUAUGAGUGCUAUAGCAUUAUUACAAGAGACGGUUUAU